GACUCAGGUAUGCUUCAAUGAAAUUCCCUCAAAGUUUGAUUUUAUCCCAAGUUACUAACAAUAUCUUGCUUGAAACCAAGAUAUUUGAGUUUUAAUGAGGAUACCCAUCGAGAACCAAUGAUUUUUUGUUCUAAGAAUGUGUCUUUCCUUAUUACUUAGCAUAUUUGCUCACUAUGGGAGAAUCUGGCAAUUGGAACACGUCUCAAAUGGUUGAAGAUUCCCAAAUUGGGAAAGGGCUGGUCGCAGGCCGAAGACAGAUCAGACUCGACGCAGCUGGUCUACUCGUGAGGAAGAGGCCUUGAUGUUAGCACUAAAAGACCUUGUUGUAAACAAGUGGAAAUCAGAUAACGGCUUUCGUGGUGGGUAUCUAGCUCGGAUUGAGGAAAUCAUCAAGCUUGAAUGCCCGAACAGUGACAUUAAGGCAACCCCCCAUAUCUGCUCCAAGCUCCAGCAAUGGAAAAAAAACUACUCCUCUCUGGUUAACAUGCUCAAUCGAAGCGGCGUUGGCUUCAAUUACAAGGGCGAUCACAAGAUUGAUUGUGAUAACGACCAAUGGGAGCAAAUUGUUAGGCUAGAUAACAAUGCACGCUACAUGCGUUUCAAGUCGUGGCCUCUGUUUGAUGAAUGGAAAGAGAUUUUUGGUAAGGAUCGUGCAAUGGGAUCUUCUGGUCGGGAUUUGCAGGAGCUUUACCAUGGUGUGCGCUCACAUCUCAACGUGGGUAAUGGGAGUCAGGAGGCUGAGUUUGAAGCUAGUGCUGAUGGCCAUUCUGGAACUAAUACGGAUAACACCACGAACUCACAAGGAAUACCAGUUAACACCAUGGGCUCAGGAGAAAUACCAGAUCAGAGUACGGGAGACAGUGACACCGGAACUCAGCUUCCCGCACAGUCAAACGGUGACACUGGAAAAAAAUGUCCAAAGAAAACAGGUAACAAGCGCAAACUCGUUGAUAGGGCUGAUGCUUUGCUUGAAUUGCUUGCUAAAGGGCAGGAUGAAACCAACGCUAGGCUUGAUAAGUUGGCUGGUAGGAUUGGGUUUGAGUUCGAUGCUAGCAAGGCAAGAAAGAAAGUGUUUGGCAUGCUAGGUAAUAUUCAAGGCAUUACUCUUGGGCAACAAAUCGACGCUGCUGAAUUCAUCCUCAGCAAAGUCAAACAUUUGGACUUGUUCAAUAGCCUUCCUGAAGCUUUUCACCACACUUAUGUCCUUCGUGCAUUGGAGAAGAUCCACCGUUAAUUCGUGUGGUUAUUUGCUUCAUCUUUUGACUUAGCUAUUUUGUAGGAGAUGAUAUCUAAUCCUCCUUAUGUGCAUAGAACUAUAAUCGCACUUAUUAUAUUUUGUCUAGUUUCUACUGAUGCUCAAAUGUAUGAGCUUAAAACAUUGGGCUUCGGCCUUGGUUUGUAUUUGACGAUUGUUGUGAUGACUCUAUUUGUGGAAUCUAUGGAACCUCGUAAAUAUGAUACG